AUGUUUGAGAUCAAAACUGUUGUGAGCAUCACCUCUGACACCACCAGUCCAGUCCUCCUCUUGAGGUCCAAGAUCAACAACACCAGGUACAUCUUUGGCAAAGUUCCUGAGGGUUCGCAGAGAGUUUUUGCUGAGAAUCAAAUCAAAUUGAGUGGGUCCCUAACUGGAAUCUUUCUCACUGGAAACUUGGACUACAACUCAAUUGGAGGUUUGCCUGGUUUGAUAUUGACUGUUGCUGACCAGGGCACUACUAAACUAAAUAUCUUUCAUGGUUCCAACCUAAUUCACUACAUUGUGUCGACCUGGAGAUCCUUUGUUUUCAGAAAUGCAAUUGAUCUAAACCCUUUCACCAUAAACUCAUCUCAAAUCACCCCUUCUUACGACCCAAACCUAGAUCUAUCAUCCCAAAACCAACAAAAAACACAAACUUAUAUAAAAUCUUAUCUCCAAAAUAUCAUAAAGAACAUGUUUCCAAAUGACUUUAUCCAAAAUCCCACAACUUCUGAAAUAAUAGACUUGGAAAUCAAAUCACUAAAAAACCCCGUAGUUAAUUCUCCUCUACCACUUUUAAAUAAAAACCUAUCAUCCACAUCCUACCUAAUUCAUUUCAAACCAACCAGAGGAAAAUUCGAUGUUGAAAAAGCAAAUGAAUUGAAAAUCCCAAAAGGCUCAUUAUACGCAGAACUAACAAGGGGAAAUUCAAUCACCUUGGAAGAUGGUCAAGUUAUUCUUCCCGAACAGGUUUUAUCAAAAGGCAAGACGUUUCAAAAUGCCCUAAUCAUCGACAUCCCAGACUAUUCCUAUUUGGAAAAUACAAUCAAUUCAAACUGCUGGUUUGAAACAAUCAAUGACAUUGACAAAGACAAAGACAAAAACAUCAUCGGCUUGGUCUACUUGCUCCUCGGUAAAGAUAUCGACCCAAAAUCUUAUCUACUUUUCGACUUUUACAAUAAAUUCAUUCAGAAAAAUAAAGAUGUCAAAUUUGUCAUAUCUCAUCCCCUCUAUAGCCCAAAUCACUUGGUUUUUCAAAAAAGUGCAAUCAUGACUUUGAAAUUAAAAUCAGUAUCAAAUUUAGAUUAUUCCCUACCCAAUUUUAACAACAACUACUUGUCCCUAAAUAAAAUUAAUACAGAACUAAAUAUGUUACAUCAUAAUAAUACGGAUCAUCUCAACCCUUUAAUCCAAAAUCAGUCCUUUUUAAUUCGACCUAACAAACCAUGGAAUAUUUCUCCCAAUCCACCUUUAAUCUAUAAUAAUGAUGUUUUUUGGUCAGAAAUGUUUGACACUAAUGUUAAACCAGUACUAACAAGCAAAAAUGUUAGUUCAAUUAAAGCUAAUCUCUUAAAGAAAACAAAUCUUGCACAAAGAUUCUUAGAUAAAGUUAAAUUUAUAACUUUAGGAACUGGAAGUGCUUUACCUUCUGUUUCGCGUAAUGUUAUUUCAACUUUGGUUCGUAUUCCUCAAUUUUCUAUAUCUUCAAAUCAAAAUAUAAGUCAUUCAAAAAAACUAGACUACUCUUCAAUUUUAUUGGAUGCUGGAGAAAACACUUUAGGAUCAAUUGAAAGAAUUUUCUCAACUCAAAAGGAAAUUGAAACAUUAUUUUUAGAAUUAAAAUUCAUCUUUCUAUCACAUUUACACGCUGAUCAUCAUUUGGGUAUAAUCCCCAUAAUUAAAAAAUGGUGUGAAAUUAAUCAAAAAAAUGGGAAAUCUGAUAAUACUUUAUUUAUUGCUGCACCAUGGCAAUAUAACAACUUUUUAAAUGAAUGGAAUGAAAUUGAAAAUUCAUCUUAUUCCCUUGAAAAUGCUAGAUCGGAAAUUGAAUUAAAUUAUGAAUCAGAUAUCGAAUUUGAUUAUGAAUCAGAGAUUGAACCAAAGCCUGAAAAUGUAAAAUCAACUAAAGCAACAGAAGACGAACUUGCAAAUAUCGAAUUUAUUAAUUUAUCUAAAAACCCCAAACCUAAAAAGCCAAUUAAACAAUUAUGUGAAAGUCUCAAUAUUUCUAAAAUUAGUUUAUGCACAGCUUUACAUUGUCAAUGGUCAUAUUCUAUUUCAAUUGAAUUUUAUUGUAAACUAAUGAAGCAAAAUUUUUUUAAGAUUAGUUAUUCUGGAGAUACAAGACCAAAUUUUGUUGACUUUUCCCAAAAUAUUGGAUAUAGGAGUAAUUUAUUAAUUCAUGAAGCUACAUUUGAUAAUAGUCUAAAAUAUGAAGCAGUUAAGAAACGACAUUCUACUAUAUCAGAAGCAGUUGAAGUUGCUAAGGAAAUGAAAUGUAAUAAGUUAAUAUUAACACAUUUUAGUCAACGGUAUCCUAAGAUUCCUAACAGUGAUUAUCCUUCAAACAUGGAUAUUGUAUUUUCAUUUGAUGGAAUGAUGGGCUCAUAUGAAACCAUGGGCCAACAAAAACUUGUUCUUAAUACAUUACAUGAAAUGUUUACAAAAACACCACCCAUUAAAGAAAUUGAUGAAGAGAAAAAUAACACAGAUGACAAAAAUAAUACAGAUGACAAAAAUAAUACAGAUGACAAAAAUAACAUAGAUGAGAAAGAUAAUACUAGCAAAGUCGUUUUUAAGGAUAAAAAUGAAAAAGUUUUAAACUUUAAAAGUGAUUUAAGUGGCAAUGAAGUAAUUAAACAAAACAUAAUUAAAAAUCUAGAUGAGAUUAGUAUUGAUAUUGAUGUCAAUAUCGAUACCAAUACCGAUAUGGAUAAUAUUUUUAAAAAUGCAAGUGAGAAUGAGAACAAAGAAGAAAAUAUAAACAAAAUUAAAACUGAGAAUAGUAGAAAGAGAAAAGUGGAUAGUAGUUAUGCUAUAUAA